AUGGCGGCACCCGUUAACAACCCCUUCGGGGCCCCACCUUCACAGGCAUUCGCGACACCACAACCCAGCCCGUUCGCGGAACCACUCUUCUCGGCUUCGACGCCCUUUGGACAGGCAGUCUUUGUUGGGAAUGCCAACAGCAGCAGACCGUCAUCGAGAGGAGCAGGGUUCAACAACCCCUUUGGGUCCCCGCAAGCUUCAGCUCCCCUCCCCGCCGCGACAAGUCAACGAACCUCACCUUCACCUCAGAAUCCCUUCGGCGCCGCGCCGCCACCCUUCGCUGCUGCUGCUGCUGCUGCUGCUGCCGGUGCUUCUGCUGGUAAUGUGGGGUAUCUUUCGCAACUACAAAAUCCUCUCGCGAGGCCGGCCCCCUUCGCUCCCUCACAACCUUCUGCACGAUCUCGCGGCAAGAACAAAGCGCAAGACCAACCUGGGCGAAACCAAGCCCGUGACCAACCUGGGCGGAACCAAGCCCGUGACCAACCUGGAUGGAACCAAGCCCGCGACCGACCUGAACGAAACCAAGCGCAAGACCAACCUGAGCGAAACCAACCGCGCGCGAGCAGGCCCGGCGUCGUUGAAGCCAAGGGCCCGCUGAAGGAGCCAUCACAGCAGACCAAGCAGCUCUCCGAGUUCGCUUUCAACUACGCCAACAAAAUAAUUGGCCACCUUCGCAAAGAGCGCCUCAACCCUCCGUCAUGGCCGGCCGAGCCUGGCAACCCCGAUAAGCGCGGACCCAUCGAGUCGUUAAAGGAGCAGUAUAAGAAGUAUCGCGCCAAGGUGUACGAGUCUCUCCGAAAGGUAGAGUACAUUGACGACCCUGAGAAGAGGCGGAAGCUUGAAGAUGCUCUUCCCUUCAAAGGCAUCUGCGAGGAAAUGUGCCCGGAGUUUGAGCAGGUUUCGCGCAUUGCCGAGUUCGACGUCAAGACAGAAGAAAAGGCCCCUCACGGCGCUGCAAUGGCACUAUGGGCAGAGCCCACACGGAUGGUCAAGAAGUUCGGCCGAUCUGCUGCUGGCCAGGAGGCCCCGCUGCCGAUGGACGUCCGCACAUUUGCUGCCUUACGAAAGACGACGGACUAUCUGUUCAACGAGCUCCUUCAGUCAGACGCCAACCUGCCGUCGAUGCACAACUUCCUAUGGGACCGAACUAGGGGAGUUCGCCGAGACUUUACCUUUCAUUCGCAAAAGUCGCCGGAAGAGAUGAAGGAGUUGGUUCAUUGCUUUGAGACCAUCACGCGCUUUCACACCAGUGCCCUCCACCUCUUGUCCCGGAAGGGUUUUGCCAGCAGCGAUUUCGACCAGAGGCAAGAGGUCGAGCAGCUGGGCAGGACCAUCCUAUCCCUGGUUGAAGCGUACGACGAGUGCCGCGAGAAGCGCGUCACCUGCAAAAAUGAGCCGGAAUUCCGGGCAUAUUAUCUCCUUCUCAACGCUGGCGAUCCUUCUAUAGCAAAGAGGAUUCCCGCCUGGGGAAAGGAGUACUGGUUCGAGUCCCGAGAGGUCCAGACGGCAUUCUCGCUCAUCCAGGCAAUGGAAGACGUCCGGGAGCCGAAAGGGCCCAUCAAGCCACGUCGCAUGACCACGCUGGCUGACACGGCCUUCACCAACUACUUCUCAAUUGUCGAGGACUCCACGGUGUCCUACACGAUGGCAUGCAUUGCCGAAGUGCACUUCACUUCAGUGCGGCAGUGUAUCCUGAAGAACCUCGUCAAGGCUUAUGCGCGUCCCCGAGACGCUCCUCGCACUAUCACGGCCUCGGAUCUGAACAAGAUGCUGAGGUUCGACGCGGACGAGGAGGCAGUUGAGUUUGCCAAGCUGCACAACUUCGAAUUCUCGACUUGGGUCCCCGAAGGCAAAGAUCCCGUCCUAGGGCCAUAUCUUCUUCUCAACGACAGACGGAAAUAUGUACCAUCGCCCAGAGUAACGCAGGCAUACUCAUACAAACUUGUCGAGCGAAAACGCAACGGACAGUCUUUGCCUUAUGUGAUUUACAACACCAUCUACGACGAGGUAAAUGAGACCAGGAACGAUGAAGAUAGCACCGAUGAUCUAUUUGUCGCCAGAUCGCACGCGGUCGAUGGCAUUUCUUCCCCUGUACCGUCGCAGGCGAGCGAAGAUUCGAGGGUGUGGACAACUACCCCAAGUCUCCCACCUCUUGCGGGUACUAGCAAGGACACUCCCAGCGGGAUAUCACCACCCGCAGCGCCGGCCGAGACGCCAGCGCCAAAGGCCACAGCGCCUGCAUUUCCGAGUUUUCAAAGCGCUGCUGCUGGACUGAGAGCCUUCGGCCAAGGUACUACACCAGCCCAGGCGGCAAGCAGUACUUUUACUACUCCUGGCCAACCUCCUGCGCCUUCGCCAGCGCCAGCUCCCCUUCCAAAGGAGAACGUAGCUCUCCCAGUGACUUCUUCAAUAACAACUCCAGCACCCAUAUUUGGCUCUGUGCAGACUCAGGCAAGUCUAGCAACGGCUUCAACAAUAGCCCAAACACCCACCUUCGGCUUCGGGAAGACCCAGGCAAAUACAGAAAUUCCAAAACCCAUCUUCGGCCUUGGGCAAGCCUCGGUCCCUCAAACAACAAGCGGGCCAUCGACCGCUCCUCAACCAGCACAAGAUAUAUCUACCCCUAUAUCUCCGGCACCAGCCUGGCCUUCCGCUCCAGUCUCAGAGGUCAAUGAUGGCGCACCGAAGACGACCCCGACGACCAUUUUCCCUGGGAGACCCUCGGAUACCGUCCCGACAAAACCUUUCGGCCUAUCAGACAAACCAACUUCGAUUCUGAGUUCGGGUCCUGGGAGCUCGAGCUCCCCAUUCUUUACUGGCGAAGCAGCAUCCGAGAAUGCCGCGCCAAAAAAAUCUACCAGUCUGAUCCCAAGUCAGUCGCCGGCGGUUCCUGCAGUCGUGUUGACGCCGCCAAGCGAGCCACUGCCAAGCUUGUUCCAGGGUUCUGUGCUCCCCCCAGCGCCGAAGAUCAAUUCGUCUGCUGUGGCUGGACCUGUGUUUCCAACACCUGGGUUUCCAACUACGCCUACCCAGCCCUUCCCUCAGAGCAAAAGUACACCUUUUCUGCCCCAACCCGGCCAGCCAGCUCAACCAACCUUCCCAGCUGUUCCUGCACAGCAGACGCCUAGAGAGCCAGAUCCAUUAAGCAAUUUCACCAACUGGUUCGUCACGGGUGACGGCGGUCUGAUGGAACAGUUCAUCGAUACGACUGUCCACGAUCUUGUCGCGGAUGUAUUUGAAAAGUUCCGCAAAGACGAGGAAGACCAGAAGCGGAAAGAGCACGACUACAAGUCUUGGCAAGAGGCCCGGAAAUUCCAGGUCUACAAUCUUCGCGUCAAGUACUUUUAUAGGUGGCAGCGGAACGCCAGGGAGAAGGCCAGGGCGCGUAUCCUGCGAGAAGGGAAGGAGAAGAUGCGCGCGUAUCGGGCGCAAGAGCGCGUUUUGCAGCAGAAGAAGAAGGAGGACGCGGAGCGCGCCGAAAAGGAGGCAAAAAGAGCCGAAAGGAGGAAGCUGGAAGCAUACGGCUACCGUCUUAGCGCGAUGGCCUCGGAGCGGCGAAGCAGCGUCACAGAUCGGCGGCAAAGCGUCGAGGAGCAACUUCUCGCGAGCGGCAUUUUUAGCGGGCUGCGCAACGAAAGAGCCGUUGCCCAGCGUGUCGCAAAGGAAGCCGAGAACGAUGGACCCGUCUCUGCCUCGUUCCAGUAUCCCGCAUCGGAACUGGAACUCGUCCUAGCUAAGAGAAGCUCGAUCCGAGGACGACAACUAGAGUCUCGGGAAAGCAGCGUCAGCAAGCAGGAUGGGUGGAAGACCCGGUCGCUGCGAGAGAAGUUUGGCCUCGACGCCCGGAGGAGCACCUCGGCGGGCAGGUCCGUGAACAGCUCCGUCAAUGGCUCGUCACAGUUCCGCCAGUCCCUUCCAGCCGUACCCAAGACGACAAACUUCUCGCGAAAACGCCUGGCCGAGGAAUCCUCGGAUGACGAAAGGGACCCGAAGCGCAAAUCGCUCGGCAAGGCCAACGGCUACAAGUCGAGGCACUGGGAUCUGCGGGCCCGUGGGCUCGUCCCCAUGGCCGACGGCCAAUGGCUCCCGGAAGCCAUCGCCAACGCCGUGAAAGACGGCAAG